GGCCUGCCCUGUGGGAUCCUACUGCACAGAUGGGACCUCCAAGCCAACUCUAUGCCCAGUAAGAACUUACCGCAAGGAGCAAGGAGCAAAGGUGGCUGAAGACUGCAUCCCCUGCCCUGGAGGAUACCAGUGCCCUGAGCUUGGCACUGUGGCUCCCCAAGCGUGUGGUGCUGGCAGCUUUUCAGACCCAGGCUCUGCCUCCUGCUUGUCCUGUCUCGCUGGACAUUACUGUGCUGAGGAAAUCACCAGCAGGGAGGUCAUGCUGCUUGCUAUGGUUUGCCCUGCAGGCCUGCUGUGCCCCAAAGGACAGGCAGUCGCUCCAGAUGCCAACAGAAAUGCCUGCCCGAGAGGAUACUACUGUCCCCGGGGUGACAUUGACUCUCAUGCUAGACCUUGCCCUAAUGGAACCUACAGUGAGCAGAAGGGUCUGGGCAGAGUGGAUGAAUGCUUGCUAUGUCCUGCAGGGAAAUAUUGCUACAGGGAAUGGAGAGAGCCCCGAGGAAUUCCCCAUCCAACUGGAGACUGCCCCCCAGGAUACAAGUGCCCCCCAGGGACUGGAUUCCCCUUCUCUUUUCCCUGUCUGCCUGGCUUCUACUGGGAUAGUUCUGCUGUGGAAGGAGGAAGUACUUGCAAACCGUGUCCUGCAGGGUACUAUUGUGACUCUCCUGCCAUGACACAGCCCAAGACUUGCCCAGCUGGUUCUUACUGUGCCAGAGGUAGCUUCCAUCCUGAGCCCUGCCCAGAGGGCACAUACGGUAGCAGAAAGGAGCUGGCUGUGCUGCUGGACUGCAGCCCGUGUGGAGGUGGGUUCUACUGUGCUGGCCAAGGACAGACAGGCCCCAGUGGCCUCUGCGAGGCUGGGUUCCACUGCCGGGGCAGAGCAGUGACACCAGUGCCCACAGAUGGUGUGACAGGUGAUAUCUGCCCUGCUGGAGCGUACUGCCCACCUGGAUCCCUCUCACCUACACUCUGUCCUCCGGGGACCUACAGUAAUGUGAGUGGGUUGAGGAGCCUGAAGCAGUGCUUGGACUGCCCACCUGGGUCCUUGGUCAGUCUCUAUGUACAGAGUGCUCAGAGGGGACGUUUUGCAAUCAGACUGGCCUGGCUGAACCUGUGA